UUGGCUCAGGCCCAGCUGCCCAGCUUGAACGGUGACAGCAGAAACGUUUUUUUUUACAUCAUGGCGGCUUCUUUCCGAUGGCCUUUCAGCAUGUUUGAGCAAACCUACAGGGAACGCAACGACCUCCAAGAUUUAAGAGAUGCCAUCGAAAGAGCAGAGGAAGCUGUAUCAGCAUCGUCCUCUGACAGUGAAGAAGAAAGAGAGAGGAAGGAGGAGAUUCUCGACACCUUUCGAACAAAGCUCGAAGAGUUGGAGGUCGAGACACAAAAGUUCAAACUCAACGUGUGCAGUGCCAUGAGUGGCGAACCCUUGGCGCAGAUCCGCUUGAAGCCCACUGACUCAGUCCUGCAGCUCUGCGAAGCUGUGGUGAAAGAGAUGGGCGAAAAGAACGGCGGAGCCGUGGUGUCCCACUCCAUCAUCUUUCAGUCCGAGGUGCUGCCUCAACAUGUAUCCUUGAACGAAGUUGGACUUCGCGAUGGGGACACCGUGUACUUCGCGCGCAGCCCUGUGAGAUGCCUCACGGCCUCUCACGAUGGCUCCGUUUGCCUUUGGGACUUCAACGAAUCCUCUUCUUCAGAGCCCUAUCUCCGCCUAAGACCAGGUGGGGCUCUGAAGAGUGCCCAGAUCUCCUCAUGUGGAACACUGCUAGCACUGUCGACAGAAGACGGUGGCAGCGGAAAGCUCUACUGUUCGGAGACUUCCGACUACAUCGCGACACUUCAAGGGGGCUGCGCCCUGGGCGAAUUUUCGCCCGACGGCAGCCGCGUGGUCGGCAUCGAUUCCAACGGUGCGGCCGUGAUUUGGUGCGCGCGCAGCGGGGUUGUUCUUCAAAGGAUGUUUGCCCCAAACGCUUCAUCCCAAUGGGAUUCGGAUUCGGAUGACGACACUGAGAUGAGCUUUGCACAUUUCUCGCCUUGCGGCAAAAUGGUGGUGACCGCCGCCGGCUAUUCCACCCAAGUGUGGGACACCGCAGGCAAGUUGCGACUGACCCUGCAGGGUCAUCAGGGUUCCGUGAGAUGUACAUCUUUCUCAUCUGACAGCCGAUAUUUGCUGACCGCGUCAUCGGACGACACAGCCCGGAUAUGGAGCUGUGAAACGGGCAAGUGCUUGCGAAUUCUUUAGGGUCAUCAGGGGGCGCUGAACUUCUGCAGCUUCUCUCCCAACAGUUUGAAAGCCAUCACCGCUGCGCGCGAUGGUACCGUGAAGCUUUGGGAUUUCGAGGAGGGCUUGGAAGGCCCUUCCUGCGAGCGGGAGCUUCGCACGGAAUGCAGUUUGUCUCUCGAGGCCCAAGGAGGCGUCGUCAGUUCAGCUUGUUUCUCUCCGGAGGGAGCCAGGCUUCUGAUGGCAUGUGCAUCUGACACCGUGCGCCUAGUCAGUGCCACGGGGCAGUUGCAGCUCUCAUUGGAAGGCCUCCACGAAGAUUGGGUGAGAUCCGCGAGUUUCUCACCAGAUGGCUUACUCAUUGCCACGGCCUCGUACGAUGGCAGCGCUGGCAUUUGGAGUGCAACGAGCGGAAAGUGCGUGCGCGUACUUUCAGGACACAGCCAAGCUGUUGUCUCUGCUCAAUUAGUUGCAUGAGCCGAGAUAGUUGAGCCGCAAUGUGAGGUAGCAACACGCGAUCUUCCGAGUGAGAGUGCGUUGAAGUUGCAUGAUAUGUCUCAGCUUCUGCGUAGACUUUGGAUAGGAG